GAGACACUGGUGUCUAUAGUGCAUACACUGAUAUGUACGACAGCAGGUACAAUGACUUGUGGAGCUACUCUGGCGGCGCAUGGACAGAGCUCAUAGAGUCAGGCAGCUUCACCCAACGACUUGACGGUGCCGCUGUGUGGGACGCAGCUACCCGCUCCAUUCUAGGAUUCGGCGGGCAAUAUUGGAAUGUGACCAACAUCUACCUUGACUCCAUCUUCUUGUACUCCAACAGCACCAACAGCUGGACGGAGUACACAGAAGUCGGACCCACAGCACGCUUCGACCAUGCACUCGCCUGGAAUCCGACUGCCAGGGAGCUGUACAUGUUUGGUGGGUGGAUGCACAGCAGUCUGGGGGAUGAACUGUGGUUGCUGGAACACAUCAAUGAACAGUACGACUUCGGCCCCUACCACUACCACUUCAGCUCCUACCACUUCAGCCCCUGCCACUACCACGUCAACCCCUGCCACUACCACGUCAGCCCCUGCCACUACCAUGUCAGCCCCUGCCGCUACCACUUCAGCCCCUGCCACUACCACUUCAGCCCUCGCCACUUCCACUACCACAACAUCACAAACAUCAAUGACCCCCUCCGGCGCCUCGUCCCAAGAAUUCAGUUACCAGUGCAGCACCG